GGGUCAUGUUUUUACGUACCUGCGGCCCCCGUUCACUGCAAGAAGGGCCCUUUCAAAAUGAACUAAAGGAGACUUCGAGACGCAAGCUCUUUCUCAGAAAGCAUGCUUUACAAAGGUCAUGUAAACAUCUGGUGAAGGUACACAGCCUGGAGAAAAACGCUGUCCCGAGCAGAGCGGCAGGAGGAUAGGUAACGAGAUAAAUGCCUUUCUAAGAAAAGGACUUCAUCGAAUGUUUCUGAAUAUUUUCCAUUUCUCCAUUAUCUAGUUUCAAAUAAAUUGACCGAAAACAACUCUAAACAGGCCCUUUAUAAGGUCGUAUUUAAUUCAAUCAAAGCCAUUUAAAAUCUAGUACUGCAUAAAGUUGAUUUUUUUAAAGACUUUAUUACUUCAUUUGGGCUGUAUUUGAUAUGAUAGAAGGAUGAAUAAAGAAUGUGUUGUCAUGGACAUGGGAAAAACAUCAUGUGUCGCAUUACAUCUAUACUUAUUUGACCUUGAAAUCAACUUUUCACAUUGUUCACAUGGGGUUUUACCAUAGGAAAUAAGUUUAUAUUCAAGCCCAACUAUAACUUACACUUGAAACUGUAGCUUAGUCUUGCAAGAUUAGUACAUUUUCCAUUAUAAUGUCAUCGAGGUUUCAUGAAUGGAACUUCCACCAGGUUUUAUUUUGAAGGAUAUCACAGGAAGCGCUAGCUGGAUAUCGUCAUCUAUGGAUAAAACCAUCAGCUUUAAAGCAGUUUGGGGGGUUUUCACAUCCGGAAAACUUUGUAAACAAACGGGGUUCGAAUCCAAAACAGGGAAGCGGAGCUUCCGCUAUGAAAACAGGAACUAUUUAGCUAAACACCGAAGGAAUAAAACAGCGGAACAUUUCCGCUGAAGAACAUGGAAGACGAGGGGGGGAACCCGGACUGGAUGUCCCGCCUGCCCGGGGAGCUGCUGGACGUCCCGCUGUGGAACCUGGCUCUACCCGGGAGCCACGACAGCAUGUCCUUCUGCCUGGACGUCUCAUCGCCCGUCCUGAGAUCCGAGUCCUGCGUCCUCAGAGCGAUCGACCGGCUGUUCCCCUGCUGGACUCGAACCUGCGUCUCCCUGUGGGCCACCACGCAGCAAUCGGUCCUCAGUGAUCAGUGUGAGCUUGGCGUUCGUUUCUUGGACCUGCGGAUUGCCAGGAAGCCAGCUGGUGGCAGCACAUUGUUCUUUGCCCACGGCAUCUACACACUGAUGACUGUGAAGGAGGCCCUGCACGAACUGGCUUCUUGGCUGGACGCUCAUCCAAAAGAGAUCGUCAUCGUUUCCUGCUCGCAUUUCGAAUCGCUAACCGAUGAAGAUCACGUCCUCCUUGCAGAGUUCAUCAUCACUCUGUUCGGAGAGAAACUCUGCCGCUCACGGGACAUUCCCACGCUGCGCUCCUGUUGGUCCAGAGGUCAGCAGGUCGUGGUUUCCUAUAGCAACCCGCCGAUGGUGCUCCUGCACCCGGAGCUAUGGCCGGAAAUACCUUACAGGUAUGCAGACAGCCCAGAUCCUAUGAAGGUGAUUGCCUACCUGGAGGACCAGAAGCACAAAGGAAGACCAGCCGGUUUCUACGUCAGCGGUCUGAACCUGACGGAGGACGCUCUCUACGUCCUCCUGCACCCGCUCCAGGGCAUGAGGAGGAUGACGGCGAGGGCGCUCCCGCCGCUGCUCGGCUGGGCCGGCGAGCAGCGGCCGGGCCGGGAGGCCGGCGCCGUCAACGUCCUCUGCUGCGACUUCGUGGCGCUGAGUCGCUUCUGCUCGCUCGUGGUCGGACUGAAUUACAAACUGCUCGCCGCUCCGGACGCCGGGAGCAGCUCGCGCAGAUGACGUUGGCCGUUGCCGUGGCAACAGGACUAGAGGGCCAACAUGGAGAUAAAUCGAACGUAUUUUUUUUAUCCUAUUUUAGUUCGUCCCGAUGCAUUUUGUAUUCUUUCUGCAUUCCUUGCUGUUUGUAAAAAUUCACUUCCAUAUAUUACACAGCGCCCCGUUAAUUAAGCUAAUUUGUAAAACUCUGAUGUCCGUGAGGGGUUUACGUACAGCAGUCAAUAAUGAUAAAUGUGGCAAAAGCAUUAAUGCCGUUACUAGCGUAAAUGCAUAAGUAUCUGUGCACAUGUUCAAAGGGUGUCUGUGUCACCUGUGAGCUUUGGUUGAGCCGCACGGUCCUCGGUCUUGAGGGGAGGAGGAUUUCUUUCAUUGCAGAUCCACAGUAGUGCCGAAACCUUCACAGACAAAAAAUAACUAAACUGUUGCACUUAAAAUAAAAAAGUGCCGAUGCUGCACAAUUCUA